GGCUCCGCCCACGGGGGCGUGGCCACAGCGAGGGGGCGGCGGCCGCGGCGCCGACAGCAGCUCCCCGCCCCCGCGGCCCGCCGCGACCCGCCACGUCCCGCACGUAGCGCCCGGGCAGCGGCGUUAGGGCGGCAGGCUGGCGCCGGGGGCUCCGGCUCCUCCGGCGGGGCUCGGGAUGAGGCUGGCGAGGCUGCUGCGGGGCGGCCCGGGCGUCAGGCCGCUCUGCGCCGCCGUCCCCAGCGCCAGCCGCAGCCUGGCCUCGGGCUCGGCCUCGGGCUUCAGGCCGGCGUCGGAGCAAGGCGUUCCGGGCCAGGUGGACUUCUACGCGCGCUUCUCGCCGUCGCCGCUCUCCAUGAAGCAGUUCCUGGACUUCGGAUCAGUAAAUGCUUGUGAAAAGACCUCAUUUAUGUUUCUGCGACAGGAGUUACCAGUUAGAUUGGCAAAUAUCAUGAAAGAAAUAAGUCUCCUUCCAGAUAAUCUUCUCAGGACCCCAUCCGUACAGCUGGUACAAAGUUGGUAUAUCCAGAGCCUUCAGGAGCUGCUUGAUUUUAAGGACAAAAGUGCUGAAGAUGCUAAAACUAUUUAUGAAUUCACAGACACAGUGAUACGGAUCAGAAACCGGCACAAUGACGUCAUUCCCACCAUGGCCCAGGGUGUGACCGAGUACAAGGAGAGCUUUGGGGUGGAUCCUGUCACCAGCCAGAAUGUCCAGUACUUUCUGGAUCGAUUCUACAUGAGUCGCAUUUCAAUUAGAAUGCUACUCAACCAGCACUCUUUAUUGUUUGGUGGAAAAGGAAGCCCAUCUCAUCGAAAACACAUUGGAAGCAUCAAUCCAAACUGCGAUGUGGUCGAGGUUAUUAAAGAUGGCUAUGAGAACGCUAGGCGGCUUUGUGAUUUGUAUUAUGUUAACUCUCCUGAACUAGAACUUGAAGAGCUAAAUGCGAAAUCACCAGGACAGACAAUACAAGUGGUUUAUGUACCAUCCCAUCUCUAUCACAUGGUGUUUGAGCUGUUCAAGAACGCAAUGAGGGCAACUAUGGAGCAUCAUGCUGACAAAGGCUUCUAUCCACCCAUUCACGUUCAUGUCACACUGGGCGAGGAGGAUUUGACUGUGAAGAUGAGUGACCGGGGAGGAGGUGUUCCACUCAGGAAGAUUGACAGACUUUUCAACUACAUGUACUCAACGGCACCCCGGCCUCGUAUGGAGACGUCCCGUGCAGUGCCCCUGGCUGGUUUUGGUUAUGGGUUGCCCAUAUCACGCCUCUACGCACAGUACUUCCAAGGAGACCUUAAGCUGUAUUCCUUAGAGGGCUACGGGACUGAUGCCGUUAUCUAUAUUAAGGCUCUGUCGACAGAAUCCAUCGAAAGACUCCCUGUGUAUAAUAAAGCUGCCUGGAAACAUUACAGAACCAACCACGAGGCCGAUGACUGGUGUGUCCCCAGCAGAGAGCCGAAAGACAUGACCACAUUCCGAAGCUCUUAAGUGCACGUGGACGCCUGGAAAACCCAAAUGUUGUUGAUGCUAAAUUGGGAAGAGAUGUGUUUGGAACCACUUUGCACCAAUAUGUCAUGUGUGAUUUUCACAAUUCGUGUUUGCUAAAGCUCCUAAAGGAUCAAUUAUACCAGCUUCACUCUGA